AUGCCUCCAAUCGAUAAGACAUCUACAUUGGUGGAGCGCAUUGUUAAUGCUACCAACAAUCAUGACAGGGAAGUCCAAUUUCUGCAAACCAAAUAUGAUGCUGUAGCUAAAGAUGUUCUCGAUGAACUCGAAUCCCUUCUGGGAAAGGCAGCAUCCGUCGUGCAAACUUCAAACGAUAACAACAGAGAAGAUAUUAGCUCCAACUCAGUUUUAUGUAUUGCUUCAACUGAGCAAACUGCAAAUGAGAAAGAUGAAAAGUGCAUUGUACAGGGAAGACCUGAUCUUGCAGGCUGUGUUAGCAUGAUGGCUAUCGUAUUAAGUAUGGUGAAACAAGACUACGCAAUGCAGGAAGAACUGGAGACCUAUUGUCAGAUGUGGUCCCUGCGGCCAUUUGUAGACGACGACAUAAUGCGUAAAGCUUGGAAUUUUUUCCCUGGACGCUGA